CUUGUGCUGACGCUCAGCAAAUUGCGUUUUGUGCUGAGGCUGGUGGAGACCGACCAGAUGAAGCAGGCGCUAUGUGGAGUUGUGGAAGGCUUUGCCCGGGCUGCCAACCUGAAAUUCCACGUCGGGGACGAGAGCCCGUUCCCCAGCUGUCGGGCAGCCGACUAUGGUUUUCAUGUGCUCCCUUUCUUUAACUUCAUGAGCAGCAGCUGGCUGACAAGCGAGGACCUGGAGCUGCAGCAGGCUGCGGUCAAGGCUCUGGGACCCGCAAUAGGCCUCCUUCUCCACCAUGAGAGGCAUCGCAAUACUGUUUUUGAGAGGCUCCCCUGUCUCCUGCAACAAUACGAGGGAGGGGUCGACAAUCUUCAUGUCACCAUGGUGAGACGCGACCUGGGAAACCAGCAUUGGCUUUUGUUUCUAUGCGUGGGUGUGCGCACUGGCACACAUUUGUGCGUGUAUGACUUGCCCUAG